AUGACUUUUCUCCCGCUUACCGACCUUUCCGCGCUGAUGCGGACAUGCCGCCUUCUCUCCGAAGUCGGGUUCCAGCCUCUAUGUGCGCGGUCUGGAGAGCCUCUCAGGACGCCUACGCAAAUCUUGUCGUUCCUCGAGUUCCUCCAUAUUGGCGCACCGCACUCGCCUGCUCCAGUCAUCAAGGACUUGCGUCUCAGUCUAGAAGAGCACCGUGUGCCUCAACGUAAGGCUAGCUACUUUGAACACCACACUCGCGAGCCGGCCUACUUCACCACCUCAAGCGACCCGCUACAGGAAGAGUACCUCCUCCGCGCGUACCGCAACCAGGCCCUUGAGGCCUUCCGUAUGAUUCUACAAAAAUGCUGUAAUCUCCGUCGACUCAAUAUUGGCCGCUGGUACGAAGACGUCCCGAUCGCACCACUGACUCAUGUCAUCUCAAGCCUGACAGCGCUGGAAGAGCUCCGGAUGCCCAUGGUCCCUCGAUCUCAGUUGUGCAAUGACGUCCGGCUCGCGAGUCUCCCUUUGCGCAAGCUGGUCCUUCGACCCGGUAGGUGGCAUGAACUCCCAGACGCUCUGAAUCUGUUGCAGCCGCUUUCUUCUACCCUGGUCGAGCUGGACAUCCCCGUCUGCCGGUGGAAGCGACCGGAUGCCCCAUUCCCGCAUGUACGCAAGCUUGCGAUCGAGUUCCCAGCCUCAGGCGACGUUGUCCUCGAUCUGGUGCACGCGUUUCCAAACCUGACGCACUUGUCUCUCGGGGGCACGCGCAACUUCCAUCUGUGUCAUACGUUGUCCUCGCGUGCUGAAGAGGACAGGCUGCGAGAGCAUUCGCAAGGCCAGUGGCGCUUGCUAACAUAUUCAUGGCCUUCUCUCGUCGCGGUGCACACGGAGUCGCCUUGCGUGCUGUAUACCCUCGCGCUGCCGUUCAAGGUUCCGCGGGUAUCGAUUGGGUACUCUGCUGGGGACCCCGCAGAGAACAUGCUCCCUAAGAUACUAGCGGAUACGUCGCCCACUUGUCUAGAGAUGCGCAUCAAGCAGGUGCACUUCAAGUACUUUCCUCUGCCACGCCGGUUCACGGGACUCAAGCCCGGUGACGCAACGGCCUCGCUGCAACGUUUCAUCCUAACCAUGGAAGGCACUGCAGUGCCAGACUACGUCAUGGUCACCAGUAUGCUCAUCGACGAACUGAAGGAAGCCCUCGUCGGCCUCCCGGUCACGCACCUCCUCCUCAAGUUCUCCCUCGACCAUUUCUUUGCCUCCCGCGCGCACACCCGCAGCGUCGUUCGCACUAUCUGCGCAGACGCACCUCGCCGCGUGGCAGCCAUCGCGCGCGCUGCGCCCUCCCUCCGCUGGAUUGGCGUUCACGUCCACGUGUGUGGCGGGCCGACUUGGCUGUAUUGUUGGACGGUAUCACGAGAGCAACCCGUUGUGUCAGACUUCGACUUUAACGCAGCGGCGCGCGUUACGUUGGAGGAGAUCAGCGAGGACGACGGUUGGGAGAUGCUUGCCGCUGAGGAGAUGGAGGACGUCGCGGGACUUUGA